AUGUUAAAGCCGGUGAUCUCUCAAGGGCAAGGCAAACCCAUUGAGUGGCGCGUCGACGCUGAAUUCGUCCCGGACACAGUCCGGUUUCGGCUACUGGAGUCUGUAGUUGACAGCGCGCUGGAGCAAAUUCUCGGCGGCCUUGCGAAGAACGAACAGAUCGAGCUAGACAGUGAGGGCAAAGCCGCUGCAGGCGGCGAUUGUUACGUGGCGGCUAUUCCUAAGGUCGGCCAGUUCACGCGUGACCAAGUGGAGUCGAUGAAGUGGUUGUGGAACCUACAAGCUACAUGUCGUGAUGCUCUAUUGGAGAACUGGCCAUACAAUGAACUGCGUGGCUUCGGAUUCGACCUGACGUACUCGGAUCUGUAUUGCUUCCGCGACUCGGCCUGGCUAAAUGAUGACGCGAUGAAGGCAUUUGCUGUGGUGCUGGCUAGCUACAAGAACAAUGUGACGAUUACGGCCACGCCGCAAGGGCAUGGUGAGGCUACACAGCAGAGACGAAGUCGUAAGGGCCUGCUUUCAUCCAACGCACUGGAGGGCGUCAUUGCAGGUAUUUCGACCAAGAAUGGCAAGCGCAAUAAGCAGAGGUUGAAGAAGAUCGCGAUUGAGAUUAUUGCUGCAGAUGCGACUAUGUCGAGCUGCACGACUGUCGAGGUGACCGAGCCUCUUCAGUCAGACAGUGAUAGCUGCGGUGUUUUCGUGUGUCGCUUCUUCUGGACCUGUGUUAGCGACGACGCUCCAAGUGAUAUAAUACCGACGGGUAUCACCAAGCUACGCUGGGCAAUGCUGGAAGCAAUCCUGAAGACGAAUCGUCACUAG